AUGGCCUCGGAUAGGUCACCGCCCCAGAAGUCGCAGCAACACGUGAGAGCCGACUCUCCCUCGUCAAGUGCUGUUACUGCUGUGAGCCAACGUCGCAUGCCCACCCCUACUCAACCUUCACGGACGGGAUCUCCCACCCCCCAAGGGGCCGCCACCGUGAAUGACCCGCAAUCUCAACCCAUGACGGCCAGCGCAUCUCCUUCGGAGGCUGCUGGUACAGAGCCCCCCAGCACUUCCACUACUCCGGCUCCCUAUGGCACCCGCUCGAGAGGUAGAAAUGCCGCUCCCCGCCCCAAUUACGCGGAGGAUCGUGACAUCGAUAUGGAUCUUGAGAUUGCCCAACCCGCACAUAAACUCGGCAAGCGAACUAGUGGUGUCACCCCCAACUCUAUCAGCGCAACUAAUGGCUCAAAACACGAGAGUGAAAAACCAUCGUCUUCUUCUUCAAGCGCCAAAAAAAAUCAAACGGCGGUGAAUGGGUCGUCUAGCCUCGUCUCCGCUGCCAAAGACGCCAUUCCUGGUACCUCUUCCUUUUCAGCAAAAUUGGACGAGGCCAAUGGUCCAUUUAAUUCAAGAAAACGGAAACAACCGGCAAGCUCCACGAAUUCUAAUUUCACAAAUGGGAAUUCGACCAAGAAAGUCUUCACCACAGCUCCGAGUUCUUCGCAGGCUCAAAGUGAUUCUAACAUGGUCUCCUUUGAGAACUGUGGUGCUUACUUGGAAAAUGGCAAGCUUAAAGCUGAUGAUGGCACUACAUUUGGCAUAGAUGAUCAUGUAUAUCUUAUUUGUGAACCACCUGGGGAGCCGUAUUACCUUGCGCGGAUAAUGGAAUUUAUUCCAUCCAAAAAUGUACCAUCCGGCCCGAUCGAAGCCCUGCGGGUGAAUUGGUAUUACAGACCACGUGAUAUCCAGCGCAAGGUAGCGGACACGAGGCUCGUAUUUGCAUCCAUGCACUCCGACACAUGCCCGCUUACUUCACUACGCGGGAAAUGCCAGAUCACGCAUCUAUCGGAAAUUGAAGAUUUUGAUGAGUAUAGGAAGACUCGGGAUUGUUUCUGGUAUGACAAGAUGUUCGACCGUUACAUUCAUCGGUAUUACGAGGUAAUUCCCACCAAGAAAGUGAUCAAUGUUCCCGCGAAUGUCAAGAAGGUUCUCGAUGGACGCUGGCGAUAUGUGUUGGUGGAAAUUGGGAAGAGAAAGGAAUUGACCAGUGCCGUCAAAACCUGUAAACGGUGUAGCUUGUAUGCAGCGAACACUGAUUCCGUUGAUUGUGCUGUGUGCCACAAUACAUAUCAUAUGUAUUGUGUCCGACCAGUUCUGACCAAAAAACCGGCACGAGGCUUCGCUUGGGCAUGUGCAGCUUGCAGUCGGGCCCAAGAGAGGAAGCUUGAGGCGCGAAAUACUCCGAUUCUCGGUGAUUCUCAGCCCGAGGCAGAAGAAGAAAUCGUCGAGGAGGAGGAGGAAGAACCAAAUGUCGCAAAUGGUACGGCAGGCAGUACACCGAUUCCAGCCGAGGAGGAGGCUGUUCGUCCAGCUACAGAAGAACAGGUAGCGCAAGCCAGGAUGUGGCCUUAUCGCUACCUAGGUAUCCAUUGUCGCGUGGAAGAUGCUCUCGAUUAUGAUGACCGAAUAUAUCCUCGAGCAAGCUCUCGGUUGGGGCCGCGUCACCAGGCCAUUGUAAAUCCAUGGCACGGGCAUCCUGUGGAGUACGUUAAGCCCACUGAUAUCAAGAAGAAAUACUUGAAAAGCUCCGGCGGUCGGAAGGACUCCAAACUCUCAAAAGAAGCCCACGCUGCGAUCGAAGCUGCGAAGCAAGAAAGGGCCAACCGACCAAAAUGGGUGAUGGAUGAGCCGGUUGGGUACGUUCCAAGAGGCGAAGACGAACCUGUCAACGUCAAUGGAAAGCAGGUUCGAACCGCGGAAAUAUCAUUCAAAAUGCCUACUGUUGGCCAGCUUUCCUCUCGGGGCGAGGAUGACAUCCCAGGAGCGGAUCUUAGCCCCACAGGUCGAGAGAAAUUCAUUGAUGAGUACAUGACACGGGCCAAGGAAAUGGCACCCAGUCUGGGGGUCGAAACAUACUCUACCAAUUUCCUGGACAAGGCCUUGGGGCUACUUUACUCCAACAGUUUCGACACUGAGACUGCCCUUGCAAAAUUGAAGCAAAUGAACAAGUAUAAGGAUCUCAAGGAACCCCAUCUGCGCCCCGAAGAAGUGAAACUGUUCGAGCAAGGUGUCUCGAAGUAUGGGUCGGAGCUGCGAAAUGUGACUAAACACGUUGGGACAGUGCCGCAUUAUCAAAUUGUGCGGUUCUAUUACAUGUGGAAGAAGACAGAUCGUGGGCGCCAAAUAUGGGGCGUAUUCGAAGGUCGGCGGGGCAAGAGGGAAGCCAGGAGAAGCAGCUCUUCGAAGCUUGUGGAUGAUGUGGCAGAUGACCACGAUGACUCCGCAUACGAUAAUGAUAAGGCGGUUGAGAAGAAACGCGGUUUUCAGUGCAAGUUCUGCUCUACGCGGACGUCGCGCCAGUGGCGACGUGCUCCUGGGAUUCCGCCCGGCACCACAACACCAAAUGAACCAUCUUCCAGACAGCGUGAUAAGGGACUACAGCUUACGGUGGCUCUCUGUUUGCGUUGCGCUUUGCUAUGGAGGAAAUACGGAAUUCAGUGGGAGAGUGUCGAUGAGGUUGCCAAAAAGAUUGCCCAGAGCGGCAACAAAUCAUGGCGUCGGCGUGUAGAUGAAGAAUUACUGACACAACUACUUGUUUCAACCGAGACCCCAAUCAGUAUCAACCCUGCGACUGCGGCCACGGCAGCCGCGAUAGGCGUUCCAGUGAAUGCCAAUCCUCAAGUGCAACAAGAAUCUACCAAGAAGAAGGGGCGCGUUAAUGAGAAGGAUAGUGCGGCAACCUCGACUGCUACAUCAGUAGAGCCGGCACCAAAAAAGAAAGCGGCCACUGAAAAGGUCCCCGAACCGCCACCAAUUGUUCCAGACCCGCCGAAGGCUAAAACCCUCCCUUGUGCCAUCUGCAACAAAAUGGAACCCGCAGGGAAUCAACAUCUGUCCUGCAGGGAUUGCCGUUUGACUGUCCACCGAAGUUGCUAUGGCAUCAGCCCUUCUCGCAAUUGUGUUAAAUGGCUGUGUGAUAUGUGCUCGAAUGAUAGGAAUCCGAUGAUCUCGACUUGCUACGAAUGUAUCUUGUGUCCGGUGACCUGGACUGAACAUGAACUGAUGGAGGCACCGAGAUCAACGCAUAAGAAAAAGUCUGAACGAGAUCGAGAAAAGGAGAGGCUGGAGAAGGAAAUGGUGAACGAGGCCAUCAAACUCUACCGGCAAAGGCAAGAAGCCGUGGGUAAGCCUGUCGGCCCCCGGGAACCGCUAAAGAGAACGGCCGGUAAUAACUGGGUCCAUGUUACUUGCGCGGUCUGGACCCCGGAAAUCAAGUUUGGCAAUGCGAAGGAGCUUGAGCCUGCGGAGGCCUUCGGACUUAUCCCCAUGGACAGGCACCGUGAGGUCUGUAAGGUUUGCAACUCUACCAAUGGCGCAUGUGUUCCUUGCCAGUUCAACGGCUGCAAUGCCCAGUUCCACGUUGGCUGUGCGCUUCAGGCAAACUACCUCUUUGGGUUCAGCGUCACACCUAUCAAGGGCUCGAAGAAAGAUACUGUGAACAGCAUAAAACUUGGUAAUGAGACAGGUGUGGCCACGGCAGGGAUCUGGUGUGCCCAUCAUACUGUGCCAUCUGUUGUUCAUGAGAUAAAUGAACCAACGGAGGAGGAGGGCGUAAAUGCACUUACGCGCUUUGUUGAAACUUACAAACAGGCAGAUCUUAGCUUAACCGGGACUGUUCGGAGAGCAGCAUAUGUACAACAGUCUAUUGGUGCAUCGCAUCACGGGGGUUCUGUUGUAAGCCGACGGUCGGCUUGUGCUAACGGUGUUCUUGCGUCCCAAUCGGUGCCUAUUAAGGACAGCCAGAAGAAUGCCACUGUGUCCCGAGAGGAAGCUCCCGAUGAGAUGGAGGUUGAUUCCGAAAGCCAUAGGCCUGCUCAGAUUAUUGGAGCAGAUUUGACGAAGAAAUGCGUGCGGUGCGCUACUGCGUACAGCCCGAGAUGGUGGCCUAUAGACAAGUCCCGGCGAGCGACAAUUGUCGACCAUAGGGCGCCCUUGCUUAACGGCGUGGGUUUGAAUGAAUCUGCCGGGUCUAGAUACCCCAAUACAGCCUCAGCAAGCCCCCCAUACCUUCAUCGCCAUCCCUCCCAGCCCCCUCUCCCGAAAGUUAAUGGGGAAUAUGGCCCUGCAGAUUGGAGUGGGCCAGCGAGCAGCAUUGAUGGACCUGGAGGCCCACAAAGUCAGACAUUAUAUGAAUGCCAUAAGUGCCAUCUCAAGAAAAUAGCGGCUCAGCCGUCUCCUGAGCCGCGGCCUUCUCCCUACUCGGCUCAACGGCCUGUUCUUCCAGCUCCCCGGCUUCCAGAAUAUCAUAGCCAUCCUUAUGGGCCUCAUGCGCAUCCACCUCAGCCUCAAUCGGGGGUCCUUCCACGACCGAUCGGUGCCGCACAUAGUGGACCCGAGUGGUAUCCAGGUUAUGAGCAACGAACGAGUGACUAUGGCGACAGCAAGAUCCGCAAUAACAUCCCAAUUCCUAGCUACCGUGGAGGGCCAGCACCACCACCGGCGCACCAUAUGAAUGGAUAUCAACCCUCUUCUUCACACCACCCCCCUCCUCAUUACACCGGCGGGGCCCAUCCUCCCCAUCCGCCUCCACAAUCGUACCCGGCCCACCAAAGCCCUUAUGGUCCUGUCUCUAUGCCGUCGCCUCAUCCGUCGCACACAGCAGGACCGCGAGCAUACGCCCCGUCGGCAUCACCUCCAGAUGUACAAGCGACGAUUGUGGGGCACUCUCCUCCGCAUUCGCUCAGCGCAUUGAACGGCGGGCCUCCGCCACGUGUGUAUUCGGUUGACCGCGUUCUCAAAGCACCAACUCAGUCGCCUCCAAUUUCACAGGCCCACGUUGACCCCAGGGGACCUACCCCAGCGAAAUUAGAGGAGACGCCCGUCCUAGCUACUCCCGCACCGACGAGCAGUAACAGACCUACCAGUACCAUGAAUGGGACGAGUGGAGGGUCUGGUGCCAGUGCCAGUCCAUCUUUGAAGAACUUGCUGUCAUGA